AUGGCGUUGGCACUUGGCUCCUCAAAUUCAUUUAUGAUUGUAAAUGAUGAUCAAAGGUUGAAUCAUCGCCACGUUUUGUCUAGUAUGGUAAGUUUUCCUGAAACUAAGUCAUCGUUGUGCCAGCUCCAUGCAAAGAAUUCAGUGCAAGAACUUGCUCGAUUUUCAUUGUUGGGAGGAAGUGAAAAUAUGAAGAGAGAGAAACUUCAUGAGCUAGUAGCCCCUCGUAGCCAUAUUGGAGUCGAGGGAGUCAUGGUCGACGUGUGGUGGGGAUUGGUGGAGAAAGAUGGACCAUUGAAAUAUAAUUGGGAAGGGUAUGCUGAGCUUGUAAAGAUGGUGCAAAAGCUUGGUUUGAAACUGCAAGUUGUUAUGUCUUUUCAUCAAUGUGGCGGCAAUGUUGGAGAUUCUUGCAGUAUCCCUUUACCCCCAUGGGUGCUUGAAGAGAUGAGCACGAAUCCUGAUCUUGUGUACACAGAUAAAUCAGGGAAGCGGAACCCCGAGUAUAUAUCGUUGGGCUGUGAUUCAAUGCCUGUGCUAAGAGGUAGAAGUCCCAUUCAAGUCUACUCUGAUUAUAUGAGAAGUUUCAGAGAAAGAUUCAACGACUACUUGGGAAAUGUUAUAGUGGAAAUUCAAGUGGGGUUGGGGCCUUGUGGAGAACUAAGAUAUCCAUCCUAUCCAGAAAGCAAUGGCACCUGGAGAUUUCCAGGAAUUGGUGAAUUCCAGAGCUAUGACAAGUAUAUGCAAGCCUCAUUGGCAGCUGCAGCUGAGGCGAAUAGGAAGACUGAAUGGGGAUUCAGUAGCCCUCACGACUCAGGCCGAUACAAUCAGUUCCCGGAAGAAACUGGAUUUUUCGGAAGGGACGGUACAUGGAACACUGCAUAUGGGCGUUUUUUCUUAGACUGGUACUCUGGACAGCUAGUCCAGCACGGAGAUAAAAUCCUAUCAGCUGCACAAGGCAUAUUCAAAGGAACUGGAGCUAUACUAUCUGGAAAAGUAGCUGGAAUUCAUUGGCACUACAAUACAAAAUCACACGCAGCUGAAUUAACUGCUGGAUACUACAAUACUAGGAAUCGAGAUGGUUAUUUACAAAUUGCGCGAAUGUUGAGUAAAUAUAGAGUUGUGUUAAAUUUUACGUGUAUGGAGAUGAGAGAUGGAGAACAGCCAGGAGAUGCUCGUUGCUCGCCCGAAGGUCUAGUUCGACAGGUUAAGAAGGCUACAAAAUCUGCUGGAACACAACUUGCUGGAGAGAAUGCGCUGGAGAGGUAUGAUUUUGGAGCAUUUUCACAAGUGUUGGCAACAAGUCAGUCAGAUUCUGGAAAUGGACUCGCUGCAUUUACGUAUCUAAGAAUGAAUAAGCGGUUGUUCGAAGCUGAUAAUUGGAGCAACUUUGAUAAAUUUGUGAAAAGCAUGUUAGAAGGUCGUCGAAACACAAGACUUUCAGAGAGCGAAAUGAUCAGGACGAACCCGUAUGUUGGAUUCGUUAGUGUGAACAAGAAGAAGAUCAUAAAGGAGGAUGCCCUUGUGUAA